GUGACAUAAUUAAUUUGACGUAAGUUUACUACCAUUAUUUAAAUUUUCAUUUGUUUUUCAGUUCCAUUAAAUAAUUAUUUUAAGAUUAAAAGAGUAUUUAAAUUAAUGCAUGGUUUCUUUAAGUGCUUAGAAAUAAUAUCUUAAAUUUGAGAAGAAAACGAUUUUCUACUAGACUCGAAGUUCAAAUAUUUCAAGGAAAAAAUGAGUUCUUCAGUUCCUCCGAAAUUCACAUAUCCAUUUAAGAGGCCAUGGUUGCAAAAUUCAGGAGCUGCUGCCCCGGCCGAUGGAAACAUUGGACUCAAAGGAAUCGUAGCAGGCGGUAUUACUGGUGGAAUUGAGAUAUGCAUAACAUUUCCGACUGAAUACGUAAAAACCCAGCUCCAGCUGGACGAAAAGGGAGACCGAAAGAAAUACAAUGGCAUAUUAGAUUGCGUGAAGAAAACAGUAAAAGGUCACGGUUUCUUCGGUUUAUACAGAGGCCUUAGUGUGUUGUUGUACGGUUCAAUACCGAAGAGUGCUGUUCGAUUUGGCUCGUUUGAAUCCUUCAAAAGUCGAGUAGCAGGUCCUGACGGUUCGCUCAGCGCUUCCGGAAGGCUAUUAUGCGGCCUGGGCGCCGGUGUGUGCGAGGCCAUUUUCGCCGUAACUCCCAUGGAAACGGUAAAGGUGAAGUUCAUUAACGAUCAAAGAUCCGCCAAUCCCAGAUUCAAAGGAUUCGUCCAUGGCGUGGGAAUAAUCCUUAAAGAACAAGGGUUCAGUGGAGUUUACAAAGGGGUGACACCGACCAUCCUGAAACAAGGUUCCAACCAGGCGAUAAGGUUUUUCGUUAUGGAAACUCUGAAGGAUAUGUAUAAAGGGGGAGAUAAAGAUAAGAAAGUUCCAAAACUUGUUGUUGGAGCCUUCGGUGCUAUUGCGGGUGCUGCUUCUGUGUACGGGAACACUCCGAUCGACGUGGUGAAGACGAGAAUGCAAGGUUUGGAAGCUUCGAAAUACAAGAAUACUUUAGAUUGCGCUGUGCAAAUUUUCAAAAAUGAAGGGCCCGCUGCUUUCUACAAGGGCACUGUGCCGAGGUUGGGAAGAGUGUGUCUAGACGUCGCUAUUACGUUUAUGAUAUACGAUUCUUUCAUGGAACUUUUUAAUAAAAUUUGGUAACGAACUUGCGGCAGAAUCAUAUAGGUUUAACUAUUUGAGUAUAUGUUUGUAAAGUAUGAUAACGAACGGUUUUAUGAAGUUUUAGUGGUGCCAUAAUUAACUUAAAAAUAGCGUUUUUUGCCAAUUGUUCAUUAUUGCUCUGUUAAAUUAUUCGUUUUUAAUUCCAUUAUUGCAACAUUCGAUUUUGUUUGAGUGUUGGCUGGGAAAUGGAAAUGAUUUUUUUAAUCUCUAAAUACUAAUCUCCGCAUUUACAAUUUUUAUAGUAUACAUUCCGUAUUGCAUUGAGAACAUUUUUAUAGAAAGCAGUUUAUGGAAAUAUCAAUUAUAAAAACUAUUUUUCUACUCCUCUGGUAAUUUCAUGUACGCUUUGUUCACGUUUAUAUACAUUUUUUUCUAAUUUUAUUUCAUUUGGUGUGGUUUGUUUUAAACUUUUAUGUAUUUUAUUCUUUCUGUUAUAUUUGUUAAUAAUUUAAUUUAUGUAUAUUAUAUUUUGUUACAAAAUUUAUGUAUUUGGAAAUAAAAAUUUUAUGAUGCUUUA